GUGUAUGACCUGGAGGAACUCUUACCAUAUGGUGAUAAAGUGAUUUGAUGUCUGUUCAUUAUCGACGUGUAAACGAAGACCUGAAGAGGGCCACAAAAAUUCCAGCCCGUGUUUUAAAUUUUCUCAACAAUUGUUGAGGUUAACGCACGUGAGAUCUGAUCUCCAAAAAAAGAAAUGAAUAAAAUAUUGAGUUCAUCAAUUAAAGAAGUGUCGAAGAAAAUCCGAUCGAAAGAGUUGAAGCCAUCAGAUCUUCACAGAGCGUCAUGCAAUUUAAUCUCUUCAACGAAAGCUCUCAAUGCAUAUAUCCACACAACAGAAAACAUUGGAACACAUCAAGCAGUUGCAUCGGACACUCGACAAAAUGAUAACAAAUUACUGGGAGAUCUCGAUGGGAUUCCAAUAGCGAUAAAGGAUAAUUUUUGUGUCGAAGGUGAGCCCACGACAUGUGCCUCUCUGAUGCUCGCCAAUUUUGUCCCAGGAUAUUCGGCAACAGUUUAUGAAAGAUUAAAGUCCAAUGGAGUUGUCCUGAUGGGAAAGACAAAUCUAGAUCAAUUUGCCAUGGGUGCAGGAACCGUUGACUCUUAUUUUGGUUCUACAAGGAAUAUUUGGGGUUCGGAGAUCAUGGAAAAUUACACCUUAAAUGGUCCAGUAAUUCCAGAAGGAAUUAAAAAUCGAACCAAUAGUGAUUGGUACAUUGCAGGAGGGAGUAGUGGAGGUUCAGCAAUAGCAGUAGCAACAGGCACCUGUUUCGCAGCAAUAGGUUCAGACACUGGUGGCUCCACUCGUAAUCCAGCCUCAUACUGUGGUUUAAUAGGUUUCAAACCGAGUUAUGGUUUAGUAUCUCGUUACGGACUCAUUCCCCUGGUAAAUUCCAUGGACGUCCCUGGGAUUCUCAGCAGAAACGUUGAAGAUUGUCUUGAAAUCCUCAAUUCCAUUGCAGGCCCUGAUGAAAAAGACUCAACGACUGUCGAUCGAUCCUUCAAAUCCAUAAAUCUGUCCUCUGCUGAUCUUAGAAGUCUUCGAAUUGGAAUUCCAAAGGAGUACUCACAUCCAGACCUCGAUGAGGAGGUCUUAAACUGCUGGAAGAGAGUCAGCAAUUUACUGGAGGAAGCUGGAGCCACGGUAGUGCCAGUGUCUCUCCCCCACACUGAAUAUUCAAUUGUCUGUUACUCAAUUCUAAAUCAAUGCGAGGUUGCAAGCAAUAUGGCGAGGUACGAUGGCUUGGAAUACGGUCUUAGACCUAUAGAGAUGUCAUCCACUGAACAAUUGUUCGCCGAAGCAAGAAGCAUGGGCUUUAACGACGUCGUGAGGAGCAGAAUUCUCACAGGAAACUACUUCUUACUCACCGAGAAUUAUGACGACUAUUUCGUGAAAGCCAUGAAGCUUCGCAGAUUAAUCUCUGAGGAUUUUCACAGAGUUUGGGAGGAGAAUGUUGAUCUCUUGUUGACCCCUACGACUCUGAGUGAUGCUCCUAGUUUCAAGGAAUUCACUGCCCAGGAUAAUCAGACCCAGUGCUCGAUUCAAGACUACUGCACUCAACCAGCCAAUAUGGCAGGUAUUCCAGCAAUUAAUUUACCUGUAACUGUAUCCUCUAGAGGUCUGCCAAUUUCUGUGCAGCUCAUGACUUCUUUCAUGGAAGAUGAAAGACUAUUCGCUGUUGCUAAGUGUAUCGAAGAUGCUGUACAAUUUCCCAGAUUACAGUUGAAGAAUUCAGAGUUGCUGGAUUAAUCAUUUUUCAUUCGUUCAUUUCGGGGGUGAAGGGAGACAGUAGAAAAAAAUUGUUGGAAAAUUCAUUUUCUGUUUUGGGAGAUUGUCCCAGAAUGAUUUGCAAUUCUCACUGCAUGGUUUGUAAAUAAAUUUAUUUAUUUAUUGGAAUUGAGAUUUUGAUAUUCAUUACCGGAGGGAAAUUGACGGGAGUUGAAUUUCCAGUUGAGGAAGGCGAAGGCUUUUUCUAAUUGUAUACUGAAUAAAUGA